GCACAUAAGAAUGGAAAACAGUUGAAUAAAAAUCGUCCCGUCAUGAUGACGGAUAGUUCUGUAUGAAUAACACAAAUAGUUUGAAAUUAUUUUACCUUUGCACUGUACGAUUUGCUGUAACUGCGUAAUUAGCAAGAAAUUGAUCGUAGAUCGUUGCCGCCGGGAAAACUGCAGUAGGGGAAAAUGAUUGAAGGAGUCUGGGGAAAAGUCACAGACAACUUAUAGGGAGAAGUUGCGAAGCGUAUGCAGCGUGUGUUGCUUGCAGUUACCGCGUGUUUAAUUGCAAGGAGCUCGAAGACAAAUACCGUAAUAAAACGUUGGUGAGAUCAUGCAGACUAGAAACCUUGCGUGAUUUUAUUAGAAGGCUGCGGGCAGACAUCGGUUUACGAGAAACAAUUAAAAUAAAAUAAAAGAGAUACUGCUACGCGCAUUUGUUACUUACGACGCGUGUAAUUUCACUGUGUAGAUUGAAGCACCCAGUGAAGCAAAAAAAUGCUUGAGAUCACUUGCAAUGACCGUCUUGGAAAAAAAGUAAGAGUGAAAUGUAAUCCCGAUGACACGAUAGGAGAUCUAAAAAAGCUGAUAGCGGCGCAAACGGGAACCCAUUGGGAAAAGAUAGUCUUAAAAAAAUGGUACACCAUAUUCAAAGACCACAUUAAGCUCCAAGACUAUGAAAUACACGAUGGUAUGAAUUUGGAGUUGUAUUACCAGUGAAGAUAUGCACGUCUGAUAUUAAGAUAUAAUGACUUUGUACAAUAAUAAUAAUAAUAAAUUUAACUAUAAAUAGCAACGUGUCUAAAUACUAUUUUUAAUGUGUAUAGCAAUUAUACUUUACAUGUAACAAAUAAAUAAAUACAACAUUCAACUUCAUAACUAUAA